AUGGGAUUCUCCAAAACCUCUCUGUCUCUUUUCUUGUUCUUCAUUUUAGUUUCUUCAUCUUAUGCAACUUCUCGCAUCACACAUCAGCAACGAUUUCAAAAAACAAAAUUUUCAUCAAAUGGACUUGCUGAAAAACUUAUAAGAAGCUUUAACUUAUUCCCAAAGCAUUCAGCUAAUAUACAUGGUGAUUCAUCUGUUGAUGAUUUCGUACCAGGAAAGAUCGUAGAGAAGAAAUUUUCGUUUCUCGCUAGUUCUAAUGGAACUUCCGUCCAAGAUCUUGGUCACCAUGCUGGAUACUAUACGCUUCCUCGUUCCGAAACUGCGAGGAUGUUCUAUUUUUUCUUUGAAUCUAGAAACGGUGCUAAGGAUGCACCAGUUGUGUUAUGGUUGACUGGAGGUCCAGGUUGUGCCAGUGAACUAGCUUUGUUUUAUGAGAAUGGACCUUUCAAAAUUAACAAUGAUUUGUCUCUUUCAUGGAAUGACUAUGGCUGGGACAAGGGAUCAAAUAUUAUUUUUGUUGAUCAACCCAUGGGGACAGGUUUUAGCUACAAUUCUGAUCAAGAUUCUAUUCCUUCCGAAGAAUAUGAGGUUACCGAGGAUAUGGACUCUUUCAUACAGGCAUUUUUCAAGGAACACCCUGAAUUGGUUAAAAAUGAAUUUUACAUUACUGGAGAAUCAUAUGCUGGACACUAUAUUCCACCUCUCGCAUCGCAAAAGUAUAAACUUCAAGGUCUUACAAUAUCCUAAUAAUAUCAGUAUAUUAUGAAUUUAACAAUUUAUUACAAUGGUCUUGCUAUUGGUAAUGGGUUGACCAACCCAAGAAUUCAGUACCAAGCAUACCCUCAAUUUGCACUUGAUAACAAAUUGAUCACAAAGGAAGAUCAAGCAGAGAUCAACAAGUUGAUUCCACCGUGUUUGGACGCCACCGAUACUUGUGGGGUUGAUGGUGAAAAAGCAUGCGAAACAGCCUUACAAGUAUGUCAAAAAAUAUUUACUGGUAUCUUGGACAUUGCUGGCAACAUUAAUUACUAUGACAUCAGAAAGAAAUGUGAAGGGCAAUUGUGUUAUGAUUUCUCAAAUUUGGAGAAAUUUCUAAACAACAAUGAAGUUAAGGAAGCAUUAGGUGUUGGGAAAAUAGAGUUUGUUUCAUGCAGCAGUGAAGUAUAUGAUGCUUUGGUUCAAGAUUGGAUGUUUAACUAUGAUCAAUUUCUUCCGGAACUUCUUGAGAAUGGAAUCAAAGUUCUUAUAUAUGCUGGAGAAUACGAUCUUAUUUGUAAUUGGAUUGGGAAUUCACAAUGGGUUCAUGCCAUGAAGUGGUCGGGUCAAAAGCAAUUUGGGGCCUCCAAAACAGUUCCUUUUUUGGUUGAUGGUAAAAACGCGGGAUCCUUGAAUAGCUAUGGAGCUCUCUCUUUUCUAAAGGUGAAUGGUGCUGGACAUAUGGUUCCUAUGGAUCAACCAAAAGCUUCACUUCAGAUGUUGGUUAACUGGAUAGAAGGGAAACUGAACGGGACGAAAAUUUAAUUUUUUUUCUCAAAUGAUUAUAUCAUGUUUGAAGAACAUCCUUUGACAUAAAUAGUGAUCACAACAUUGUUGUAAGCAUGACUUUAUGUAUAAUAUUUGAAGGGUGAAAUUUUAGAUAUUUUCUAUUGCAAAUUAUGUUCUAUGUUUA